UAACCAUUGACAACGGUCGAAAACACUCGACGUGUCUAACAUCGAACUGUUAACAACACUAAUCGGUUUAUUGAAUCGACAGGGAAAAUUAUUUAUUACAUCUCGACCAUAAUGGAUACAUCGGUAAUUCUUCCCGUCGAAGCAGAGGGCUUUAUCCAGAGUCUGGAACCUUUCUCCCUCAAGAAAGUGGGCUCAGACAGGUGGUUCAGGCAGCAUGAAUAUAUUGAGAAACUUAACAUACAGGCAAUACUGAAUGCCUCUGCCAUGCACGAUGAGUUUGUCAAGGACCUCCUGGUGUCAUUUGGAAAGAUUCCCGUCCUGGUCCAUGAGAUGAUCCUUGUCGAGGUGUGGAAGCAAAAAGUGUUUCCCAUCUUAUGCCAGCUGCAGGACUUCAAUCCCGACAACACUUUUCCUCUUUACAUGGUGAUCCACCAUGAAGCCACAAUCAUAAACCUACUUGAAACCAUAAUGUUUCACAAGGAUUCAUGUGAUGCAGCUGAUGACUCUGUUCUCGAUUUGGUGGAUUACUGCCACCGUAAACUCACCCUGCUGGCAAGCGAAGCGAUCAGGGAUGUUUCUGUGACCUAUGACCAAGUCAAACAAAUACGCUCUAUAGAGGAGCUGCAGGUGCAGAGUUCAGCUUUGGAGUUUGAAAUCUCCCUGAAAGCUGUGUCAGUGCUGCGCUACAUUACAGACCACGCCGAGAGCAUCAGCGUUAUCAAUCGGAUGCUGUGCAUACAUAACCUGCCUUGUGUGCUGGUUCAGCUGAUUGACCGCUGCCCCUGGAGUCGCUCUAGAGAAGGUGAAGCACAAAAGUACAUUGAUGGCAAGUGGCAGAAGAUACCUGUAGAGGAUCAGUUGAAGAUGACCAAACUUGAUGGUCAGGUCUGGCUUUCCCUUUACAAUCUGCUGCUCAAAGAGCAAUGCCAAAGAAAGUACGACUUCAGCAGUUUCAACAAGAGUCAGCUUCUGAAGCUCAGAGGUUUCUUGACGGACAUCUUGAUCGAUCAGUUGCCAAACCUGGUGGAUCUGCAGCGUUUCCUGGCUCAUCUUGCUGUUACAGAUCCAGCCCCUCCGAAAAAAGGGCUCAUUUUGGAGCAGAUCCCAGAAAUGUGGAACCACAUUGUCAGUGAGAAUUCUGGGAAGUGGAAGGCAAUAGCAAAGUAUCAAGUCAAAGAAACAUUUAGCCCAUCUGAAAGUGACUUGAGACAACAGGCCCAGAGGCUGGCCCAGACAUACGACUUGGAUGUGAUGGAGAGUUUACUCCCUGAGAAACCCAAGUGUGGAUCUUGUGGGAGAGAGGCCACAAAGAGAUGCUCUCGCUGCCAGGGAGAGUGGUACUGUCACAGAGAGUGUCAGGUGAAGCACUGGCCAAAACACAAGCAAGCCUGCCGGCUCAUUGCAGAGGCCACAGAGAAGCUCCACAGGGACCUGCACAUUGACACCUAAGGGAGACUGUAUGGACUGGAGGCUGAUGGGAGCCAAUAAGAAGAGAGCAAUCUGCUCCUGUAGUACACAGACACAUUUAUACUCAGACUCUUCUUUCUUUUAUUACUAAAAAUCUCGAUGCACCGUGCAAGAAGUUAGUUUAUUGUAAUCAAACUGCAAUA